AUGGACCUCUCACGGCAGGAAUACCCGGCGCUGCUGGCCACUCUUUACCCUGGACAAGCUACAACCGUCCUGAGCGACCGCAUUCGAGUCAUCAACAAGAUCCAUUCGGAUAUCGCGGAUUUCCUCCAGGAGCGUCGUCGUCUUGAAGAGUCUUAUGCCCAGAGCUUGCGAAAGCUGGCGCAUCGCCCGCAACUCGAGAAUGGUGCCGCGCUCGGUAUCUUCCAAAUCCCCUGGCAGCGCAUUCUCAAUUCCACCGAGGCGGUGGCUGUAUCCCACGAGACUCUUGCGAACAAGAUCGAAGAGGACGUGGAGCGGCCGCUAAGGGAAUACAGCAACAAGAAUCGCGAUAUGCAGCAAAUGUCUGGAAUUCAGAGUAACAUGGCGGGACUAGCUAAGAGUGUUGAAGAAGCUCAGAAGAAGGUCGAGAAGGCUAAGGGCAAGGGUGCGAAAGGCGCCGACAAGCUGGCCAGUGCGAUCGCCGCUGCAGAGGAGAUCAACCAGCAAUGGGAAUCGCGUGCCCCAUUCGUCUUCGAGCAGCUUCAAGCGGUUGAUGAGGGCCGGCUUAACCACCUUCGGGAUGUGCUCACCCAGCUUGAGACACACGAGGUAGACCAAGUCGAGCGCGGCCGGCAAGCUGCAGAGAGCUGCCUGAACGUUCUCCUUAAUGUGGAGACCGCCGAUGAGAUCAAGACCUUUGCAGCAAAGAUGACUGGCACCCGUGCUCCCAUUUCGCCUGUGCCUUCUCGGAGACAGACAUCUCAGGUUGAAACUCUUCCUGUUACGACUCCGCCUAUGCAAACGGCCCCAACCGCGGCACCACUUGCACCUCCACCACACAUCCAGGACGAUGCGGCUAGCCAACGAUCGGAAAGAUCCGAGAGGGCCACCACUGUCCAAACUCCCCCAGCUCCGGAUGCCCAGCCCAGGCAGACUCCCUUGGGGGGCCUGAGACGACUCGGCACUGUCAUGAACAGGCGAAAGAGUGUCGUCGGACCGUCAGGCGGAUCAUACGACAGAAAGGCAGAGAAGAAGCACUUCAGUCCCUUCGCGCCCUUCAAGAGAAGCGAUUCCUCGAGAGACAUGCAAAUACCCGAAUCACCUCCUGGAACACCUUUGGAUCGCCCAGGAACGUCUAUGACGGAAGAAGGACCUGCGCUCACUCCGGAUGUAUCACACGAUCGCACCUUGACGGACAUUGUCACACCAGUUCCCGUCUCUCAGCCCGAGCCAACCGGCACUAAUGGCAACUACCAAGAGACCCCGGGUGGGUUUGCUAGUAAUGGUGCUGAACAUGUCGACUCGGAAGGCUUCACUGAGCGUCCCUCUACAAUCGAUGAGAUUACUCGUGCCCAGAGAGAGGCAGCUUUGGAAGAUCCCAGCAUGAACCUGAAAAUCCGUGACCAGCCAAUCUUUGAAGAUGAGAGCCAGGCCAAGCAGGCCAUGGACGAUAUGGCCAAUACCCUUCGACUGCGCGCUCAGCAAUCUGGUAACAUCAGACGGAAUGCCGGUACCAUCCGUGGCCGCCGCGAUGUUCGAAACACAGUAUUUGUCCCGAAUCCCACCUCUGAAGGGGCCACAGCCUCGGCAGCACCCGAUAUGUACACCCCUUCCUCGCCUAUUAGGCACAUUGCGUCUCCCAGCAGUGUGAUGGAGGACCAAGCAAUGUCGGACACGACUUCUGUUCGCUCGGGACAUACCUUGCAAGGCCCCGUUCCUACCAUGCACCCCGAUCUCUAUGAAUCAGGCUUGAAUGCCUCUAUCAUUGAAACAGUGAACGCCUGGUUCUCCGAAGGCACUGUUACCAAAUCCUUCGUGGUGGGAGAACUUGCUCUGGCCCACAACCCUACACCCGGCGCGCCAGUAGAAUCUACACGCAUCCGCCUUGACAACUUCCCAGUGCUGGAGAAGGUGGCCGCCAACCCGCACUUUGUUCAUGAAAACACCGACGAGAACCGAGGUCAGUAUGAGAUUCAGCUGGCCAGUAUCUCGCGACCCAUGCCUACAGUCGCAUUCAAGUACCAAGUACACCUGGAUGAUCCCUCCGCCUAUUGCCCAGUCAUUUUCAAGCCAGCCUGGAACCUUCAAGACACCACGGCCAGCGCCAUCAUCUUCUACUCCCUCAACCCGUUCUUCAUCUCGCAGUCUGGCGAGCCUAUCAUUCUCAGGAACGUGGUCCUGACAGUCGGUCUGGACAUCUCCGCCGAAGAUGCUAGCACGCCCGUCGCCCACGCCACCAGCGCCGUCAUGCACCCGAACCAAGGUGCCACCUUCCGCCGCAAGAACUCCACCGUAGCCUGGAGAAUCCCCGAACUGGUAGUGAACGCUCCAGGCACCAGCGAAGACGGCAAAUUCCUCGUGCGCUUCUCAGCCUCAACUAGCGGUCCACGCAAGGGCAACGUCGAAGCCAAAUUCGAGCUCAGCACAACCACAACUGGCUCCCGACUCGGCGUCAGCCGUGCAGCCACCGACACCUCUCCGAAGGAGAUCGACCCCUUCGCCGACGAAGCCGCACAGAGAGCUGCCUCGACUGUCUGGGAGGAGGUUCCGACUGCGCGCAAGCUGGUCGGUGGGAAGUACGUGGCUGCUUGA